AGUCUCUCAUAUAUACCUAACCUACCGUGUUCCUAUUCAAUUCCUUCCUUAUAUCAAACCUCUCCUUCAUCCACCAGAAUAGAAUGCCUGUGCCAGUUGGUGCCGGCGUUCCAGCCGGGCAUGGAGGAGCUCCGUCGACGUUCGACAAAUUCAAGAUGGGUGCUAUGAUGGGUGGAACGGUUGGUCUCAUCAUAGGAUUCAUCUUCGGCGCAACGAACAUCGUCCGCUAUGGCCCAGGACCCAAUGGGAUGAUGAGAACGUUGGGCCAAUAUAUGGUCGGUUCAUCCGCCACGUUUGGAUUCUUCAUGGGCAUCGGUACAACCAUUCGCACAGACGGUAGCCCUAUCGCGGCCGCAGCAUUUGCGAGAGCACACCAGAACCCGAUCAUCCUUUCACGGCAUUCUCGCUACGCCCCUCUCAUCGACCAGUCCUUCCGAUCACGGUAA